AUGGCAUGCGAUGAACCUGAAAAUAAAAGACUAAACAUUAAAGAAGAAUUAGCAGGUGAAGAGUUGGCUCCAUUCGAAAUUAUAAACGACCAUUUUGACAAAUCUAGUACUCACAUCCGAGUAAUUGUACAACCGCCCACCACCACUGACCAAGAGCGUAUUAAUAUACAAAGUUGUAACCUUGAUUAUCUGCCUCGACAAGGUUAUUCUAUCGAAGGCGUUUCUCUUACUGACCCUGACAUUAGCAUGAGAUCUGAGAUUAUACCUUCUUUGAUAAAAGAUCUUAUGCAGAAAAAGAUUAUACUUAUUCGGUCUCCUCCCUAUUCUGGAAAAACAUCAUUAGCACAACUUUUGGAGAAUUACUUAGUUCAAUCACAAGAUUUUUCAGAAUACAGAGUAAUAAGAAUUUCAAUGCUUUGGGCAUCAGCUGUGAAAAUGAAAUGCAAUUGGGAGACAUUUGGUACGGUAUGGGAGAAAAUUAUUGGUGUAAGCUGGAUUGAGUGGAUUGGACAGUGCAAAAGCAUUCCAUCGAUUUUGAUAAUGGAUGAAGUUCAAAAGAUCUAUAAGGAUAAACAUGAAUUUGACGAAAGUAUGAAGAAUACAGAAACCGCAAUGGAUUUUUGGGAUACCAUUAAGGCCAACCUUCAAGAAUCAUCAAAUGUUUAUAUUAUUAUGUUUGGAGCCUAUGGAUACGGUGUUAAUUCUGCAGGACUUUCAACCCCUGUCUCAAUACCAGCAGAGAACAGCAAAAGUCUUCUUGACAUCAAAUUUACCGAUGAUGAGCUAUGGAACUAUGUUGAAAUUUUCUGCAACAGGCACUUUGUAUUAUUAGAUAACAACAUUCUUAAUGACAUCAUCUCAAAAUUUAAUAAAUAUAUUCAAAAAGCAACGGCAGGACAUGUGGGUUUAGUUCGUCACAUAUUGCAUAAUACAAAAAGUGCAAUGGAGUGGCGGAUUCGUGAAAAUGUGCUGACUUGGAAAGACAUAUUUGCAUACCUAAAUUCAAAUAGAUUCAAUUUAACUAUUGAUGAAUGCCGUGCUUCUCCCCAAGUCAAAAGUUUUUCUGUUAAUGAAUUGGACAUAUGCGAAAGUGUUUAUUUAAAUGGGAAGAUUCUUUUCAGACCUUCCAAUACAAGCAUUCAGCAGUUAGUCAAAUCUGGAGUUCUUGUGGUUAUUGAUGGGGAACUAUAUUUUUCAGCACCUCUUAUUAUGCGAUCAUUUUUCCAGCAAUGUUAUGGAAGUCACAAUAGUUCCGAGAUUACCCCUUCAUCAUUAUAUCAUUUUAUUGUGAAAACUUUCACAGCAAUAUGUAAUGGACAAAGCGGAAAAUUAUUAAGAGAGACGCUUGGAUUUGGAACUGAUGGAAGCCUCCUGGAACAAACAUGGCAGAAGGAAUUUUAUAGAGUCGGAACACAAGUGUUAGGGAAGAAUCACUUUCUGUCAUGUGAUGUAGGAGCAGUUUUUGGAUGUGAUGGGUACAUAGAUUUUUAUGUGGAUAAGUUAGAAUGGGCAAUAGAGCUCUUGAGAGAUGGUAAGGAUAAGGCAGAGCAUAGUAGGAGAUUUGAACCUGCGGGAAAAUAUAAAGAGAUUGUUAGAUAUGCAAAGAGUAUAGCUAUUAUUGAUGUUCGCAGUGAAUCAAAAAAAGUUCGAAAACUGCAGAGGGAUUUCAUACAUGUGUCAUGCUCUGAAAAUUAUGAUGCAUUUAAAAUAGAAUGUCUUGGCAAAGAAUCUUUGACCAUUAAGAUUAAAGAUUAG